CCGUCAUCAAGGAACACGAACACUGCCUGGUCAAACUUUCAUUUCUCCACCUCAUUGAAGAUUUUACCUGAGCUCUAUAUAUAUUGACAAAACGCGGUUGCUCUUAAACUGGCAGAGAGAAAGCUAGUCUAAGAAAACAAAGAUAUAUAUAUUUUUUAGAACAGGCCAAGCAAAGAAUUGUUAUAUAUUGCCUUUGUUUUCUUCUAUCUUUCAAUCUGUUUGCAUUGUUAAGGAAUCUUUGUUAUAGGCUUAUAGCUAGCUUCGAAGGUAUUGUCUUGGAGAAUUGGAAUCAAACCACAUGCAGGAAAUGACUGCAGAGGACGGCAAUCGUUACCAACAUCACCACCAUCAUUCUGAUACAGAGGUUUUAGCAGGCGAUAAAGUGCCUCAUAGCGGUCCAUUGAGCGGACCUCUGAACAAAAGGGCAGGAAAGAAAAGUGCCCGGUUUAGCGUUCCGGACUCAACCUCUUCUAAAGAUGAUGGUUACGUUGAGAUUACCCUGGAUGUUCGUGAUGACUCCGUGGCGGUUCACAGUGUAAAGGCUGCAAAUGGAGCUGAUUUGCAGGAAGAUCCUGAGCUAACCUUGUUGGCCAAAGGUCUUGAGAAGAGAUCAACUGUGGGAUCGUCGAUGGUGAGGAAUGCUUCGGCAAAGAUUAGGCAGGUGGGGCAUGAACUGAAGCGAUUGACAUCGUUCUCCAAGAAGCCUGCUCGCUUUGAUAGGACCAAGUCUGCAGCUGCUCAUGCUCUGAAGGGACUCAAGUUUAUUACCAAGACUGAUGGUGGACAUGGAUGGGCUGCUGUGGAGAAGCGGUUUGAUGAAAUUACUGCAUCUAAUAAUGGUGCUUUGCCUCGUGCACGCUUUGGUGAAUGCAUAGGAAUGGAGUCAAAGGAGUUUGCAGGGCAGUUGUUUGAUGCACUUGCUCGAAAACGAAACAUUCAAGGUGAUUCAAUUGAUAAGGCUCACCUAAAAGAGUUUUGGGAUCAGAUCUCGAAUCAAAGCUUCGAUGCCAGGCUUCAAACUUUCUUUGAGAUGGUGGAUAAAGAUGCAGAUGGAAGAAUAACUGAAGAGGAAGUCAAAGAGAUCAUCAGCCUGAGUGCCUCUGCAAACAAACUCUCAAAUAUCCAGAAACAAGCUGAGGAAUAUGCAGCCUUGAUUAUGGAAGAAUUAGACCCAGACCAUCUAGGAUACAUCAUGAUAAACAACCUGGAAAUGCUUCUGUUACAAGCACCAAACCAAUCUGUGAGAGGAGAAAGCCGGAACCUGAGCCAAAUGCUAAGCCAGAAGCUUAAGCCUACAUAUGAUAGCAACCCAGUGACGAGAUUCUUCCGGGACACCAAGUAUUUCUUACUAGAUAACUGGCAGAGGGUGUGGGUGAUGGCUUUGUGGAUUGGGGUUAUGUGUGGCCUAUUUACAUACAAAUAUAUCGAAUAUCGAAGAAGAGGAGACGUAUUUAAGGUAAUGGGGCAUUGCGUUUGCUUUGCCAAAGGUGCAGCUGAGACACUUAAAUUGAAUAUGGCCCUGAUUUUGCUACCAGUCUGCCGUAACACCAUCACCUGGUUAAGGAACAAGACAAAAUUAGGUGCUGCCGUUCCCUUUGAUGACAACCUCAACUUCCACAAGGUGAUAGCAGUUGCAAUUUCUAUUGGGGUCGGGAUACACGCCAUUUCCCAUUUGGCAUGUGAUUUCCCCCGCCUGCUUCAUGCCACUCCUGAUGAGUACGAGCCGAUGAUAAAAUAUUUUGGAAAGCAACCCGAGAGCUACUGGCAUUUUGUGAAGCACCCAGAAGGAGUUACCGGGAUCGUAAUGGUGGUGUUAAUGGCCAUAGCUUUCACGCUAGCUGCGCCUUGCUUCAGGCGGGGUAGGAUGGACCUUCCCAAGCCUCUGAAGAAGCUCACUGGCUUCAAUGCCUUCUGGUACUCUCACCAUCUAUUUGUCAUUGUUUACACUCUCCUCAUUGUGCAUGGAAUGAAGCUCUUCCUGACCCAGAAAUGGUACAAGAAAACGACCUGGAUGUACUUGGCAGUUCCAGUUACCCUUUAUUUAUGUGAAAGAUUGACGAGGCUGCUUAGAUCAAGCAUCAAGCCCGUUACUAUACAGAAGGUUGCUGUUUAUCCUGGAAAUGUACUCGCACUUCACAUGUCGAGGCCCAAUGGAUUUAGAUACAAGAGUGGACAGUACAUGUUCGUCAAUUGUGCUGCGGUGUCUCCAUUUGAAUGGCACCCAUUUUCCAUUACGUCCGCCCCCGGAGAUGACUAUCUCAGUGUUCAUAUCAGGACUCUUGGUGACUGGACACGACACCUCAGGACCGUAUUUUCAGAGGUUUGUCAACAACCGACUAAUGGAAAAAGUGGCCUGCUCAGAGCCGAUAACAAGCCAGAUUUCCCAAGAGUUCUAAUCGAUGGGCCGUAUGGGGCACCAGCACAAGACUACAAGAAAUAUGAAGUGGUUUUGCUAGUGGGGUUGGGGAUUGGAGCAACCCCAAUGAUCAGCAUUGUCAAGGACAUAGUGAACAACAUCAGGGCCAGGGAGGAGGAAGAGAGUGCCCUGGAGAAUGGAAAUGCGGAUGGCGUUAACAAAACGAGUCCUCCCAAUUCCAAAAGAAAAGAAAGCUUCAAGACAAGGAGAGCAUACUUUUACUGGGUGACAAGGGAACAAGGCUCCUUUGAUUGGUUUAAAGGAAUAAUGAAUGAGGUAGCUGAAAUGGACCACAACCACGUGAUAGAGCUCCACAAUUACUGCACCAGCGUUUAUGAAGAAGGUGAUGCUCGCUCUGCUCUCAUUGCCAUGCUUCAGUCUCUCAAUCAUGCUAAAAAUGGCGUCGACGUUGUUUCUGGUACAAGAGUAAAAUCCCACUUCGCCAAGCCUAAUUGGCGCAGUGUCUACAAGCAAAUUGCCGUCAAUCACAACAAUACUCGAGUUGGGGUGUUUUAUUGUGGGCCACCGGCUUUGACAAAGGAGCUAGGCCAGCUAGCUUCAGAUUUCUCCCACAGGACAUCCACCAAGUUUGAUUUCCAUAAAGAGAAUUUUUAAUCCAACAGUCGGAUGAGGAGGAGCUAAAAAAGCAAGCCUUUCAAAACUCAGCCACAGACAGUUCCAUCCAUCCACCUUGAUCCCACUAUCUCAAUUGUACAAAGAUCUUGGCUCUCCUCUUGUUGACCACUUAUAAUAUGUUCCUUUUUUUUUUUUGUAAUUACAUAUGAUUUUUAUUUUAUGUAUCAGAAUUUUCUGCACAAAAAAGAAAAUAUCAAUAUAAAAUUUGGUAAAUAAUUGAGGCAAAAAAGGAUAGCGCGUUGGUUGAUUGAGGUUUGGUGGUAUCACACCAAAGAGAUUGUGGCGUUGGAUGAGAGAUACGCAAGUGUGAGUUGCGUAACUCAAAAGUUAUGCUUUGCUCACCCAUUUUUUUCUGUGCCAAUUAAUGUGGUCCAAAUCCAAUCCCUACAAUUAUUUAACCUCAUGAUUGGAAUCAUAAAGUAAGUGCAGACUGGUAUAAACAGUGAAGAAUUUUGUUAUUCUGUGUAGUUAAAGAAAAAACCAGGUUUUCCAAGCUUUGCCCAUUAUGUUCUGAUUUGUUUACCCCGACAGGCUUUCGAUCGAUGGAACGAAAAGUUGGAUUUGACUGUUAACCCUUGAAAGAAAAGACAGUCCUUUAAAGAGAGGUGUCCCUGAAGUUCAUUUAUGUUUCCGUUUUUGCCUCUGGAAGCUAGGCCUGAUUAAUUGGCUUGAAGUCAAGCCUUGAUCCGCAGCGUGAUUGGGCUGGAAAGGGAUUAGAGGUUUCUUCAUUGGCAUGUUCACAUCUGCGGUUCUGCUGCUGUUGAUGCUGGGGGAAACUGCCUUUGACUUUAACUGUCUUGGCACCUCCAGCCUCUCUAGAAUCCUUGUAGUAGUUAUAUCUAGCUGCCUGCUGCUGUCUGGUGGGGAUAGAAGUAGAACUGAUUGACCUGAAUUGGGUUUAGCUGUACAAGUGGGAGAAUUUUUCACAGGGACUUCAUGGACAACCAGUCGCUCCCAUUCUUCAUCAAUAGAAGCUGUGGUUUUUUCUUCUCCAGCUAACUGAUCUAGCUGUGACAUUUCCUCAUUGACAACCACGACAUCAUCUGAUGAAGUUGAUUGUGCAAUCAGUUUGGUGGGGUCAGGUUUGGUUGUGUAUAGUUCAGAUGUUGCCUCAUUCGUAUUUGGAGGUACAGACCUGGAAUAUAUUAUUCAUGUCAUCAAGGAAGCAAAUAUCAAAACGGCAUUCAACAUUUACCAUUCAGUCUGCACGUCGAUGCUGACAUGAUGAGUCCAAAACGCUGAGUUUUAAACUCAUGAGAAUGAAGGAAUCAGUUCAUUUUAUGGAGUUAAAAUGUAAUAAUAAAGCAACGAUUGGAAUAGUCCAACAAUAACAGCAGUCAGCAAUA